GUCAGGAUUUUCACAUAAUUCAUUUCUUCGAAACUCGCUUGAUCCUGGGGUUGCAUUAAAACAUUCACCAUGGCCUGUAUCAAUUGCUGGAGUUGACUGUUUAUUAAACCGUUAUUUCUUUCGCAGGGGCUUUCAUUUUC